AUGACAUUUGUUUGGCAUAAAGGAUCAAGUGUAUUUACUGGCGAUUGUCUUUUGAUUCGAGGUUGUGGACGUACUGAUUUUCAACAAGGAAGUCCUGACAAAAUAUAUACAUCAAUUCAUGAACGUAUAUUUACAUUACCGGAGCAUUUUAUUGUUUAUCCUGGACAUGAUUAUACUGGUCAAACAAGUUCAACAGUUGGCGAAGAAAAAAAAUAUAAUACUCGUUUAACAAAACCACGUGAAAAUUUUGUUGCUUUUAUGAAAGAACUUAAACUUAGUUAUCCAAAACAAAUUGACAAAGCUCUCCCAGCUAAUCUGAUAUGUGGUUUGUUACCAGAUCCUUAA